AUGCAGCAAAAUUAUAACAAUGGGAAUGAAACUGAACUAGCGAAUGCUACAUAUCACACAAAUGUGACAUACUACCGAGCUUCGCCUCAAUACUACAACAGAAAUAUUCACUAUGUCACAAAUCCUUCCCAAUAUGUACAAUACCCGUGUUAUUACCAAAUGCCACAGCAAUUUAACGGCCAGGCUAUUCCUUACUACAAUGCAGGACCACCAAAUUAUCCUCAACAAUAUAACAAUCCAGUAGGAAACCACUACAACAACACUAAUCAGCAGCAUCAUCAAUACAAUGCUUCACGUCACGCCCAAAUGGUAUCCUCUCACAACCGAAAACCUACUUAUAGUAAUCGGGGACAUGGUUACCGCAGCCACGACAAAAAUAAGUACAAUUGCAAAACUAAAUCAAACAAUGAAGCAAAUUUCGACACAUAUGAAUGCCAAAUAUGCAAUUUGUAUUUUGACAAAAAACAGAAACUGGAAAAACACUUGAAAAAUGACCACAUCCCAUGUAUACACGAAGGAUGUAACUUUAGUGCCCCUUUACAAAUAUUGGAGAUACACGCAUUUAAACACUUAAAAAACAAUAAGGGAGAAUUGUUUGUGGAUUCUCCAGAAGAGAUUAGGAUUUGGAGGGAGAGAAGACGGGCCAAUCAUCCAUCAAAUCCUCACAAACUUGCAGCACAAAAUGAUUCCGAAAUUAGUACUAGAUGUUCUUUGGAAGAUUUAUUGAGGAGCUCAAUGAAUGCAUUUACCACUAACCCUCCAACUAUGACACAGCGUGAGCAAGAAUGUAAAACCUCGGCACUAGUACCAUUACUGAACAAAAUAGCACCUCCGCCCAGUUCCCUCUAUUCUUUUUUAGAGCCGGAGAAGGCGGAUAGAAAGAUUCAGUCAUUAGAGGCGAAAUUUGGGGGCCCAUACUCUUACUCCCGGUCUUUGAAGAAGAAGUUCAACAUUUGCAACAUGUUUUUGAGAAAGAAAUUUUGUAAAUAUGGUGCAAAUUGCGCAUAUUCCCACGAUGUAUCCGCGUUUAAACGUUGGAAAAAGUUGCAAUUUAAUCUACAGGUUCCAAAACGACCGCCUCUACUGUAUCGUCUGUUGAAACCGGAAAUCCUUAUGUAUGAGGAGAUGCUGAUUAGGGGAAUCGUUUACAUAGUGAAAUCAAAUUUUUUGCAGCCAAAAAUUUUACCACUAAUUGAAGAAUUGUGUGAUAAAAAUGAAGUUUGA